ACCUCAGCGCCUCAGCCACUGGUUGGGGGUGUACGAUAUGAUACGCUACGCUACGACAACACAGGAUGAAUGAAGGCACGAAUGAACGGGAGGACGGCUGACUGACUGGAUGACUAGAUGGAGGGACGGGUUAAGCCUAUAUGGCUGCGCCGUCAAUACCUUGCCCUGUUGCUUGUGCUGUGCUGUGUUGGUGCUUGCGCUUUGGAGGAUAUCUGCUGUUGCUGCUACGCUGCCGCUACUGCUGCUGCCACCGCUACUACUACUGCUACUGCUAGCUACCGCUACUAUACCAUGCCAUACCAUACCGCUAGGCAGGCUUGUGUGCCCAAGCAACCAUCUAUCCGUCCGUCUAUCUAUCCAACCAUCCAGCAAUGCACGCAUCGCGCACACAGCAGCAGCAACGCAAGAAGCUUAAGAAACGCAAGAACCUGGAACCUAAACGGAAGCAGCAGCAGCAGCAGCAGCAGCAGCAGCAGAAGAAGAAGAAGAAGAAGAAGAAGAAGAAGCAGAACAAGCAAAACUCAACCACGCCCACCCCAUACUCCGCCUCCGCGCUCUGGUCUGGUCUGGUUAGAUGAGGGAUGCUGUGCUGUGCUGUGAUAGCGGCUGUGAUGGUGGUAGCAGUAGCGGUAGCAACAACAACAGCA